AUGGCAGCGCCUGGCGGGCUGGGCCGCUGCGUGGCCGCCUUCUGGCUGGCCCUGGCUUUCGACGCGCUGGGCCUGGUCGUGCUGCUGACGGGGGUUUUCGCCAACCUUUUCUUCUCGGACCUGCUCAUUUACGCGGGCGGCAUCGGCAUCUUCCUCAGCCUCAUCUGGUGGGUGUUCUGGUACGCGGGCAACCUGGAGGUGCCGCCCGCCGAGCUGCGCGACGACGUGGGCCUGGGCCCGCCCAAGGGCCGCGGGGACAGCCUGCUGCGGGGGCUGGUGAGGGGGCUGAGCACCCGCAUCUCCACCGUCUUCUCCUCCGCUCCCCCGGCCGCCGCCAUGGAGCUCCAGCCCGCUGCCCGCCCUCAGCCCGUCUGA